AUGUGGCAUAGACAGUGGAUAAAAACCUACUGCACCUUGACUCAAAGUCGAACGGUGAAACCGCAACACAUACCGGUAUUAUGCCAAGAAGCUAUAAAUUUUCUAAAACCUAUGCAUGAGCAAACAUUCAUCGAUAUGACAUUUGGAGCUGGAGGUCAUACGAAAGAACUAUUGGAUCGCCACGGUGAUAUAAAGGUAUAUGCUCUGGAUCGUGACCCCAUAGCCUACGAACUUGCCAAAACCCUGAGUACACAAUACCAGGGACGUUUAAUUCCUUUGCUGGGGAAAUUUUCCGAUUUGCCUCGUUUACUUGCAGAACACAAUGUACAGCAACACAGUGUGGAUGGGAUUCUAUUCGAUUUUGGAUGUUCAUCGAUGCAGUUUGAUGAGGCUGACAGAGGUUUUUCAAUUUCGAAAAAUGGUCCCCUCGAUAUGCGCAUGGAUCGUGGUAGUGAUGCAAAUUCCGAACAAAUCACAGCAGCCGAUGUGUUGGCCAGAGCCGAGGAGACCGAUUUGGUUAAGAUUUUACGCAUCUAUGGCGAAGAGAAGUCGGCCAAGAAAAUUGCUCGAGCCAUUGUCGAAGCCAGAUCCGCAUUACAUAAAAUAGAAACCACAAAGCAAUUGGCGGAUUUAGUAGCGGCAUGUAUGGGUGACACAUCCCAUCGUAUGGAUAAGAUGCAACGCCCAGCGCAUGUGGCUACUAAGACAUUUCAAGCGCUGCGGAUCUUUGUUAACAAUGAACUAAAUGAAAUCAAUUAUGGCAUGAUUUUGGCAAAUACUUAUUUAAAGCCCGAAGGACGUUUAGUGGCCAUUACCUUUCACUCGCUGGAAGAUACCAUAGUUAAACGUCAUUUGAAUGGCAAUGUCAUAGAGGGUCUGGCCAAUCCAGUGCCGCUAAAGUAUUGUGGUUACGAUUUCACCCAUGACAAAGAGUUGGUUGAAUCAUUUGUCUCCUCCAAUUGGAAGCAGUUGCACAAACAUGUACUGGUACCAACAGAGAGUGAGGUGGCUCGUAACAGUCGAAGUCGAUCGGCAAAAUUAAGAGCUGCCAUAAAACUGAAAUAAUUUAUUAAAAUCUUGCUCCAGAAUGAAUAAAAUAAUGAUGUUCUCUGAAUAUUUACUUUUGUAGUUAGAAGAAAAUUUUAGCAUCGAAUUGUGAAUAAAGUGUAUAACGAACAUAGA